AUGACACCGAUCACCACUGAACAACUUGUGGCAGCUCUCGCUACUUUGGGAAUCCGCCCAAGCGGUGCAUCUUCGGGUCCUGCCAUCCACGACGCUCACAACAACAACUCGUCUGAAGUUGUUGAAGGCCCACUACACAGUUUCUAUUGUCUUAAUUGUGCUUAUCCGAAUGUCAUCUCUCUAAACGCUAUUCCAACACUUAUCGCCAUCGCCAACCAUCACAAGGCCCCGCCCUCAGCGUCUCCUGCACCGCGAAGCAGUGUUCAACCUUCAGCCCCAUCCGCGGGUGUAGCUCCCGCUUCCGCUGGAACCCCUGCCACCAGUGCCAGUGCUUCCCAGGUCGCCGCCAAUGCGCCACCCAGUACCCAUGCGGUUCAUCAGGGUUCAGCACCUCCUUCCAUUACUAGCCCUUCUGUUCAGGCAAACAUCGGACCGGAUGGUCCUUGGUAUACCAUCACUAAAGGCUGUGCCAUUGGAGUCUACAGUGGCUGGCAAAAUGUAACCCCCCUGGUGACUGGCAUGGGGAGGGCUUGUUUCUUUCGUUACCCUACUCAGGCAGCUGCUCAGGCCGCAUUCGAUGAAGCAGUCUGCACUGGAGUUGUGGAAAUCCUGUAA